AUGGGUGCCCCAGCAUGGGGGUCCCGUGGUGGCGAUCGUCCCCGCCUGCUUCGGAUGACGCCUCUGCGACACAGUUUUGCCGCACCAGCCACGCCGCCGGCGCAGCAACAACGCACACAUGACUACGCAUCUGAUGCUGAUAGUAACAAAAAAGAAGAAAGCUGGAAUGCCAACUUGUCACAGAGAUGGAGAAAGUUACGACGUAGGUGUUCCCGACUACGGCCUGGAUCUGGUAAUCGCGAAGCAAGUCCCGUACGAUGCUCUCCAUCACCACCGCGACCACAACCACAAUGUUCACCUCCACCCCCAUCAAAACUGUCAUUUAGACAUCGCGGCAAAGUUUACACAACCGCUUCUUUACGUGUCACCAGCGGAGCACCGGACUUGCUCAGAGCGCUUGGGAAAUUAGGAGGAGGAUUAAGAAGACGUGCACUUUCCGCACAUGACGUGCUCACACCACCUCAACCGCAACAACCAGCAACUUUUUAUGUUCCUAGUCCAAGUACAACUCGGUCUCCCUCGUCACCAUUGUCUCCCAGGGAGGCUACAGUUCGCAGACGAUGUAGCUCCCCUAAUGUGUAUAGACCCAAAGAUGUACCUAGAGAUCGAGCACCGCUUAUAUCUCAAGAAGAUGAAAGUCGAGACGUUGUAGAUUAUAACUACACACCUGAAAGAAGAAAACCUCACAAAGAGAUAAGAAGUCGACCAUACAGCGAAAACGUAGAAAUAGAUCCUAAAUUCAAAAAUGGCUAUAAUCUCCGUCAAGAACCUAUUCAACAAUUAAGAAACUGUGUAGCUGAGUUAAGAGUUAGUACUACACCACGAGCGCCACGCCCUCCUCCGGCUCCUACAUCCCCGCAGAAAAUAGUUAAACGACCGCCAGCUCCUGAACCCCGAGAUUCAAAUACCUUUGAGGUGCGUUUUACCAAAUCAGCUGGAGGCAAAGGACUCGGAUUCAGCAUCGUAGGCGGACGUGAUUCACCUCGUGGGGACAUGGGCAUAUUUGUCAAAACUAUAUUUAAUAACGGCCAAGCCGCUGAGUCUGGACUGCUUCGUGAAGGGGACGAGGUUCUUUCAGUUAACGGUCGUCUCACUGCUGGUUUGACUCACAGUGAAGCUAUAAGGCUGUUUAAAGACGUGCGUGCAGGACCGGUGUUGCUAAAAGUAACAAGACGUGCACCUACUCGCUGA